GUCCCACCAUCUUUUUCAGAAGCAACUUGUUUAUCUACUGGUUUCCCUCUUGCAGGGGACUGGAGGCAGUCCCAGAGAUAAGGACACGCCCCACUACAGGGAAGCAUCAUUGCCAAAUGAUUUUCUCAAAAUACAGAGGAAGGGGCAAGAAUGUGGAGAGACUGAGACGCGAAGGUGUGUGAGCUUUCCUCUGUCAGCGCACUCAUUUGUGUGUAAACAAGAGCAAUAUCCAUGCAAGGGGCAAGUUUCAUUGAGAAAAUGAAGAAAACUGACAGAAAUAUUGUGGUGUUUUAUGGUUCUCAAACGGGCACUGCAGAGGGGUUUUCUAACCGCCUGGUAAAAGAUGCCCGGGAUUACGGUAUGAAAGGCAUGGUAGCAGACCCAAAGGAGUAUGACAUGUCUGAGCUAUGUCAUCUGCCAGAGAUCACCAACUCCCUGGCAGUGUUCUGCAUGGCUACGUAUGGGGAAGGCGAACCUACUGAUAAUGCUCAGGACUUCUAUAACUGGAUGCAAUCGACAGGCAACAGUCUAGAGGGAGUCCAUUUUGCAGUGUUUGGAUUGGGGAAUAAGACCUAUGAGCAAUUCAACACCAUUGGGAUAUAUACAGACCAACGUCUGGCAGAACUUGGAGCUACGAGAGUCUUUGACCUUGGCAUUGGAGAUGAAAACAACAACAUGGAGGAAGACUUUAUUUCUUGGAAGCAACGGUUCUGGCCAGCUGUGUGUGAGUUCUUUGGAGUGCAAGCUACAGAAGAGGAAUGCAGCUCUCGGCAGUAUGAACUGGUGGUCCACCACAACAUCAGUAUGAAUGAAGUGUACACAGGAGAGCUGGAUUGUCUUAUGAGCUUUCAGAUCCAGAAAUUGCCUUUUGAUGCAAACAAUCCCUUCUUGGCGCCUGUAAUUGUUAACCGUAAACUGAACAAGGGACGAAGCCGUCAUUUGAUGCAUUUAGAACUGGAUAUCUCAGGUUCUAAUAUUAGUUAUAAUGCUGGAGACCAUGUUGCUGUUUACCCUGCAAAUGAUGUCUCAUUAGUGAACAGACUGGGGGAGAGAUUGGGUGUCAACCUCGACACAGUCAUCACGCUGAAGAAUCUGGAUGUGGAUUCCAGUAAGAUGUACCCAUUCCCCUGCCCCACCACCUAUCGCACAGCACUGACCCACUACCUGGAUAUCACCAGCCUGCCGCACUCUAAUGUGCUGGUUGAGCUGGCGCAGUACGCCUCUGACCUGAAAGAGCAGGAGACAAUUCGUAAAAUGGACUGCUCCUCGGCUGAAGGCAAGGCACUGUACCACAGCUGGGUGCUGGAUGCUGAGAGGGACAUCCUAACUGUUCUAGAGGACCUGCCUUCCUUACACCCUCCUAUGGAUCACCUGUGUGAGCUGUUGCCUCGACUACAGGCGCGCUAUUACUCUAUCGCCUCUUCUGCCAAGGUCCACCCCACCUCUAUACACAUCUGUGCAGCUGUGGUGGAGUACACUACCAAGACAGGGCGGGUCUUCAAGGGUGUGGCCACCAACUGGCUCAAAAACAAAGUAAUAACUGACAGCUGCCUGAGGCCAAGUGUCCCUAUGUAUGUCAGGAAGUCACAGUUCCGCUUGCCUUUCACUGCCAGUAAACCGGUUGUUAUGAUUGGGCCUGGCACUGGUAUCGCCCCAUUCAUGGGAUUUAUCCAGGAAAGAGCAUGGCUAAAAGAACAAGGAGAGGAAGUUGGUGAGACAAUACUUUACUUUGGCUGUCGUCAUCGAAACGAGGACUUCCUGUACCAGGAGGAACUACAGGAGUUUGAAAAAGCUGGGGUGCUCACUCAGCUAAAUGUGGCUUUUUCUAGGGACCAGAGGCACAAGGUCUAUGUUCAACAUCUCCUGAAGAAAAACAAAGAAUAUUUGUGGAAGCUGAUACACUUCAGUAAUGUACACAUCUACGUCUGUGGUGAUGCACAUAACAUGGCCAGGGAUGUGAAGGCUACGUUCCAUGCGAUCGCUGAGGAGGUCGGAGAGCUGUCUCACGCUGAGGCUGUAGACUACUUCAAACAGCUGACGAUUUCAGGACACUACUCACAAGAUGUGUGGAGCUGAAACUGAGACACCAACUUCAUCCCUUUCCCUCUACUUAAUUAUUGUUGGAGUCUGUGUACACCACUGAACCCAGCUAUAGGAUACAGUGCAGGCAUGGCAUGCACAGUAUGUUAAUGUGACAAUGAAACAGAGUUCCACUGCUACAUAGUGAAGUCUCUUGUACACUAAAUGCACAAAAUGAAACCUUCAUAAGCUAAAGUGGGUUAAAACACACAACCCCAUCAAUUCCUCAUUACUUUGCAAUACAUUAAUAAUUGUGGCAAUGCAUCACUUACCCACCCAAAAACCUCUAUUGGGAGACUUAGUGUUUUCUUUGACUUUCUCAUUCUCUCUUUAAUUUAUUUGAUAUGAAUACACUUUGAGUAACUUUUAAGUGAAGCUUUUGCACAUGGGCAUUAGUUUGCACUUUAGCAGAGUACAAGGAAAUGUGGUUUCAAGCCCUUUAACAGAUUGUGAGCAAGUGUGGUGUCAGGCACUUUGAGGAUGUGUGAUAAGUCAUAGUAGACUAAAUAACUAAUAACAAUAAUUUUAUUUUUUUAAACAUAUUUAUUUUGAGUGAGGUUGUUGAACAAAGCUUUUGUAUAUUCACUCUGUCCUAGCUCUGCUCCUCACUCUUUGAGGACCUCAGACCAGUUUCUCAUGACUGCCCCAUGUUCUCGGCUAAGGCUUAGGGUGACUUCUCUUUUGCAGUUGUGGUCCUGAUGCUGAGGAACAGGCUGGUGUUGAGCAUUUGCCUGCUCCCUCUACCACAGUACUGAGGUCAAAACCUAAAACUUUUUACUUU